AUGGCAAUUGGUAUGGUGGCGCACGGAUACAUUUCUUCUCAGGAUGCUCGGCGAGAGUGCUCCAAGGCCGUCUUCCACAGCAGCGAGGCCCGCUCGGGCGAGGUUGAGCGGGCGCCCGAGGUACCCGGCGGCGGCGCGGCCAGCUCGGGCGAGGUGGAGCCGGCGCCUCGGCGAGAGUGCUCCAAUGCCGUCUUCCACAGCAGCGAGGCCCGCUCGGGCGAGGUUGAGCGGGCGCCCGAGGUUCCCGGCGGCGGCGCGGCCAGCUCGGGCGAUGUGGAGCCGGCGCCUCGGCGAGAGUGCUCCAAGGCCGUCUUCCACAGCGAGGUCGAGCGGGCGCCCGAGGUACCCGGCGGCGGCGCGGCCAGCUCGGGCGAGGUGGAGUCGGCGCCCGAGGCCGUCUUCCACAGCGAGGUCGAGCGGGCGCCCGAGGUACCCAGCGGCGGCGCGGCCAGCUCGGGCGAGGUGGAGCCGGCGCCCGAGGUUCCCGGCGGCCUCGCGACCUACCCGGAAGACGUUGAGCAUCCGCCCCAGGGGCCCCACUGCGGCGCGGCCUGCUCGGGCGAGGGGCAGCGCGAGCUACUGGGUCACAGCGGUGCUCGACCACCCAAGGUUGCGCUCGAUUUUGGCAUGGUUGAGCAGUCGUACGAGGUUCAAGGUGGCGGAUCCCCCACUCCCCUACGACCUCUUCCUCCCGCGGAUGCGAUGGAUUCUGCUGCUGCUCCACAGCCCCAGCAACCUCCAUCGGGUUCAAGGAUAAAAGGUAUAUCAUAUCGAUCUAAUGCAGAAAACACACAUUCUUCUAGACGCAGUUCUAUUGCCAUGAGCGCUGCUCGUGUCAAGUGCAGAUACCGUCAACUCAAGAUCCAAAAAUCUCAGACCAAUCAGAAGGGAAGGAGCUUUAAAAUCAAUUGCAGAUGCCAACCCAAACAUGUGGUCAACAUGGUUACACAAUUUGAUGAGCAGAAGAAGGAGCUAGUUCGGCAGACUGGAUUUGGUGGCAUACUAGAGUUGAAGUUAACCAAAGUUAACAGGCAAUUUGGAGCAUGGCUGCUUAGCAAAGUUGAUCCACAGCGAUGUGCCAUUAUCCCAGCAAGAAACAAGGUGAUACCCUUCUCCAGCAAGGAUGUUAACUUAUUUUUCAGUGUACCAUCCUCAGGGAAAGCUAUAGAAGCUUGUUCGCAAGAAGAAGUAGAAGUUAGGAAAGCAUAUUUUUGUGGGUUAUUUGAGAUCUCAAAUUUUAAGACACUCAAUGUAUCCUUCCUCAAAGAAAUUCUGACAAAGCAGUACUCACAUCAAUUGACCUGUGAUGAGCAAAGGGCUUUCAAGGCUGCCUUUGUUUUCUAUGUUAUGACGAAGUUGUUGGCUCCACAAUCACUGGCCAAUUUCAUCUCUCCUAGAUAUAUUAGAGCUGUUGCCGACAUUGACAAUGUUAGGGAGUAUAAUUGGUCCCAAUUUGUGGUGGACGAUCUAAAGAAAUCAGCUGACCACAUGCCCAAAAGAUUUUCAAGAUCUUCACAAGGAUCCAUAACUGGUUGUAUUGUGUUCCUACAGGCAUUAUAUUUAUCCAAUCUUGAUUUUGGUUGUGAAUACCUCACCCACGACGCGUCUCCUUCCAUAGCCGCUUUCAAUGACAUGCACGUAAACAUGAUGAUAUCGGCUGACCUGGUGACAAGAACAAACCCAGGCUACCCUUUUCCAAAAUAUGGCAAGCUAAAGCUGAGGGACACACCAAGCUCUGUAAGGCCGGAUGAUCGAAGUGUCGGAACACAAUCAGUCAUUUUGGGCUCCUCCUCGACACAAUUAGGAAGCACAGGCUCACCAUCCAUGGACUUUGUAUACGAAUACCUAAUGAGUCGUUUUAAAUCAAAGAAGCUAUCUUCAGUUGUGGGUCACGAGGCUGUUACAAGCAUCAACAACAUGGUGGAUGUGGCAAACAAUAAGUUCUAUUCAAUUAUAGACAGUAUACAUGACUUCAUAAAUCCUUUUGAUAACCCAGCUAAUGUCCAAGCAGUUCAGGAUUUAACACAAGUGCUUGAGCAAACCGUCAAGUCAUCUCUGAAGAUAGCGGUUUUAUCAACAGUUCGUAACAUUCUCAGUACAUGCCCAGAACAUGCUAAUUCCCCUGUUGGUCCACUGUCCGAUGGAAGAAAAAACAUAUCCAGCAUAGGGCCCCAGAGUACUGGAAGUAGCGAGGGAUCAGGUUACCCAAGAAGGCAAAGUGAUGGUUCAAAUGAGGAUACCACACCAUUUGUGCACCGUCCUGUUAGAGCUUCCAGUUCUGACCUAGGUCCAUCUCAAGAAUUAGAGACUCCUAAUAAUUCUGUCACUCAUCUAGUAACAUUUUCUGAAAUUAGAAGUCCUAUGCAACAUUAG